AACUUCUCUCGUGAUUUUUUGUAGUUUUUUCUUGACUCUUCAGACUCGCGUAGUCGCAAGUUAUUACCAUUAUUAUUAGUCAUUGGCAGUUCAAUCCCCGGAAGCUGCAGAUACUUUUUUGUUUGUUUUGUUUCGUCCCUUUUGGGAGUUUUUUGGUUCUGGCGCCGCCUCUGCUAACGAGCUCCAUGUAACCUGUCAGAAGUGACCCCCCGCAGACUUGACAAGAAGGAAAAAGGCACCAAGUGGUCCCUCGUUUCCGAUUCAUUCUCGUUCAACCCUCCGUGUUGUGCGGACUGGCAGUGGCAUGUGCUCGUGCAAAAAAGGAUUACACGUCGUCAUGUUCCGCACGUGGAUAUUCCUGUUCUUGGUUUACGAAACAUAUGCCAUGGGGGAGCUGACCAAGUGCGAGAAGGUCGAGGCCAUGGCCUCCUGGAGGGACCAUAACACCGUGGUGGAAACCUCGCUCAAGACGCUUUCCGGGACGUGGAUCUCUGAAGGAUGUGAAACCAGGCCCGGCCCUGAGUACGUCCUCCGGGCUUACACUUUUAACCCUGAGGGCACCUACAACCUAAUCCAACACCACUACUGGGACGACUCUUGCUCUUCACCUAAAUUAACGGUAAUUUCACACGGCCGUCUCACUUUACGCAACUCUCUGGUCCAACCAGAGGCCUCAAAUGGCCUCGCUAAACCCACAAAUAUCACUGUGAUCCCUCAAGACAGUACUGCAGCUGAAGAAUUAAACCAACUCGUUUCGGAAGAAUGUCCAGGCCAAUACUGGAAGUCCUGGCGCCGAAAUCAGGAACACUUGGUCUACGACCACCGCCAGGAACGUCGAGGAACCUUCAACCUAUGGUCACACUCCUACCAAGCCAUCACCAACCAGCACCCCCUCAACAAACCCGACUUUCCCCAAAUUUCGGGCGAUAUUUCCUGCCUUGGCUCCCUCAAGUGGGCCUUCAACGAACUCAAACUCCUCAAAAUUCAGCUCCGGCCUUUGCACAACGUGCGCAAAAGUCCGAAACUGGCCGAAAUGGAGCUUCUUUUAGGCGACAUUCACUCGAAUAAAAAACGGCGCGAGUUUUACUCCCCGACAAGCUUCCAACUCCCUUUGUUCAAGCAAACAAAGGGUGAGAACAUAACAGUGGGGAAGUUGCACUUUUUGGUCAAAAACCCCAACACUUUGACGAAUCUGAUCACGAGUCAGAGUCCACCCCACUUGAUCGAAAAGCCGCACCUCCCACCCUACAUCUGGGGCGAUUGGGUGUCCACCAGGUGCGAGGUGCGCCCCCUGGACGUUUAUCUGCUACGACACUUCACAUUCCAUGAAUCGGACCAUCGAUGGGUGGGCCACCAUAAGUUUUUCUCCGACCCUUUUUGCACUUACCCCAAAUUUAUUAUUACGGCUACUGGACAUUUCACCCUAGUUGGGCCAAGCGAGACCAUGAAGGGUGUCUCAGACAUUGAUUUCCAGAUCGAGAGAGCCACGCUCACUGCGCUCGACCAUCGCAUUAUCACUGAAAUGCGAUUGCCGGGUCUUUGUGGGUUGGGAGAGUGGCGAGUUAAUGUGCCGAAAGAGUUGGCAACGACCAAUGGGUGUGUAUCCUUGGGGGUGUUUAUCCCAUCGGUGCGAUUCGACGUUGUUAAGGUCGAAAUGGAUUACAAGGGGUCGUGGUUGUUGUUUCUGGGUCAAGCUGAUACGAAUAAUUUGCCACAAGAUGAGAGACCAACGGCGUUUCAGUUGCCGAUGGUCAAGUGUGGGGAGAAGGUGUCCUUUACGGAGGAUUUGAGGGAGAGGCUGGGGAGGGAGUUUUAUUUUGGGGGUGGAAACGCACUUGGGGGUUGCAUUAUUUUAAUAAUCACCAGUUUGUUAUUUUUAUUGUUGUGAUGUUUACGGAAAAAAUGUACAUAUUCUAAAAGAUAUCGAGUGAAUGUGUGUUGUACAUAAGGUGUGUUUGUAUAGUUAUACAUUUAGUAUUUAUUCACCGUUUAGUUUAGGUUUUUAUUGCAUAAAUACUGUUGUAAGAAAGGGACAAUAUAACCAGUGAUAAAAAUAUUUCAUAAUUUCGUGUUACGUGUUUUUGUAAAUUACAAAUACUUAUUUUUUAUUAGAAUUCAGAGAUAUUUGUAUAAAAAAAUGAGUAAAUGAUUGUACAUAUAUUUAAUAAAGAAAAUUGUGCCAUAAAUAAUGUGUAGAUUUAAAAUAAAUACGACUAGUUUACUAUUGUAA